AUGCUAGCUUUGGCUUUUCUUGCCUCGUCUAGAACACUGCAUCGUUCAAUUGUCAGACGUCCACAAUACAUAUCAUAUGGCACAAUAAAACCAGUUCACCCACCACAUUAUCACUUCAAUGGAGAAGAAGAUGACGAUGAUGACAACUUCCCAAUUUGGCCAUUAAUCCGCCCUGUUGUCUCAGAAAUCGGAAAGAAGGCCGCUGCAUCUGCUGCUGCUCAAGGAAUUGUUUCCGGUGCAAAAGGACUCUAUCACUCCAUCUUUGGACAAGAAGCUGAAUCCAAUAGAUUUUACCCAUACCCUCUCUAUCACUUCAAUGGAGAAGAAGAUGACGAUGAUGACAACUUCCCAAUUUGGCCAAUAAUUCGCCCUGCUGUUACAACAAUUGGAAAGGAAGCUCUUAAGUCUGCUGCUGCUCAAGGAAUCGUUGAAGGAGCAAAGGGCAUCUAUCAUCACUUCUUUGGACAAGAAGCUGAAUCCAAUAGAUUUUACCCAUACCCUCUCUAUCACUUCAAUGGAGAAGAAGAUGACGAUGAUGACAACUUCCCAAUUUGGCCAAUAAUUCGCCCUGCUGUUACAACAAUUGGAAAGGAAGCUCUUAAGUCUGCUGCUGCUUAA